GCGAAAUAGUAGUCGGCCACCUAGCAGGAGUCCCGAGAAGUACGGUGGCAUGGGUGGCCCUCAAAUACUAGGAGAGAUCACAGAUCCAGUGAUUCCAGGCUCUGCUAGAACGAGACCAGAUAUUCGCAGUCGACCUGUUGACACGGGUGUAUUGGAUCAGAUGCAGUUCAACGUCCGCAGUAUGCCGAUGUCUCCUAGACUCCAUCACCCGCCAUCGCCUCGUAGCCGCGACAAGUUCAUGAACCUACCACAAUUCAACGGCGACGUGCAUUACCAUCGCGUGAUAGAGGAAGAUAUGCGACCAGAGCGUGGUCAGG